CGUCCUUUACGCAACAGGGGGCCCUGCGAAACCAAAGGACGGCUCUAAGCCUCUGCAGCAAGCAGGCCCACCGACAAGGCUGGCUGAGUCCCUGCAUCCCGCAAUGGCUCGGAAGCAAGACGAGGCGCGGUCCGGCGUGCCCCUGAGGGCGCAAGGCCCGCCGGCCGCAGAGGUCCGCCUCAUUCUGUACCACUGGACGCACUCCUUCAGCUCUCAAAAGGUGCGCUUGGUAAUUGCUGAAAAGGCAUUGAAGUGUGAGGAACAUGAUGUAAGUCUGCCCCUGAGUGAGCACAAUGAGCCUUGGUUUAUGCGUUUGAACUCAACUGGAGAAGUGCCUGUCCUUAUCCACGGGGAAAACAUAAUUUGUGAGGCCACCCAGAUCAUUGAUUAUCUUGAGCAGACUUUCCUGGAUGAAAGAACACCCAGGUUAAUGCCUGAUGAAGGAAGCAUGUAUUACCCACGGGUGCAGCAUUACCGAGAGCUUCUUGACUCCUUGCCGAUGGAUGCUUACACACAUGGCUGCAUUUUGCAUCCUGAGCUCACUGUGGAUUCCAUGAUCCCAGCUUAUGCAACCACAAGGAUUCGCAGCCAGAUUGGUAACACAGAGUCUGAACUGAAGAAACUUGCUGAAGAAAACCCUGACUUACAAGAGGCUUACAUUGCCAAGCAGAAGCGACUUAAGUCAAAGCUGCUUGAUCACGACAAUGUCAAAUACUUGAAGAAAAUUCUUGAUGAGUUGGAGAAGGUCUUAGAUCAGGUGGAAACUGAGUUACAAAGAAGAAAUGAAGAAACUCCAGAUGAGGGCAGCCAGCCUUGGCUCUGUGGAGAAUCCUUUACACUGGCAGAUGUCUCAUUGGCUGUCACAUUGCAUCGGCUGAAGUUCCUGGGGUUUGCAAGGAGAAACUGGGGACAUGGAAAGAGACCAAACUUGGAAAGCUAUUAUGAGCGUGUCUUGAAGAGAAAAACAUUUAACAAGGUUUUAGGACAUGUCAACAAUAUAUUAAUCUCUGCGGUGCUGCCCACAGCAUUCCGGGUGGCCAAGAAAAGGGCCCCGAAAGUUCUCGGUAGCACCGUUGUGGUUGGUUUGCUUGUAGGAAUGGGAUAUUUUGCAUUUAUGCUUUUCAGAAGGAGACUUGGCAACAUGAUAUUAUCACUCAGACCCAGACCAAAUUAUUUCUAGGUUUGUUGGGUUCUGUGGUAGCAGCACAUCUAACCACUCCACUAGACCCUUAUCCACUCUUCCAGACCCAUUGAAGACUUGUUCUUGGCAACUAGUAGAAAACAUAUUUUAUAGUAUUCAUUGGGGGUUCAUGUGGGGAAAGGAUCUAAUGAUAUGUUUUUUUCCUUCCUUCCUUCCUUCCUUCUUUCCUUCCUUCCUUCCUUCCUUUCUUUCUUUCUUAGACAACACGACUUACUUCUAAUUUAUCCCUUAAAGAUCAAUGUAACUUCUGACAGAUAGGUAAGGGAUCUUUAUGGAGAUUAUAAAUUCAUAUCCUCAGUUAUUUCUUGAGAGGUUGUAAUUAGGAGCAGACAGUAAUAAUAACCCAUGACUGCUUAUAGUGCUUCACCUGAGAGUGACUGCAAUUCUGGGUGUUGAACAGUUGCAGGAUCCUCUUCUGGGACUCUGAAGUCAUCUUUGUUAUGCUAGACAGGAUUCAGAUAACAACAGGACAUUGUACUGUUUCAUCUUCCACUAGCAGCUUAGGCAUACGUAAAGGAGAAAAAUGGGAAAGGGGAGAAAGAAAACAAGAGAAUGAAAUACAUCUAGAACAAAGCAGUAGAUGGUAACUUCCAGUGGCUUCCACUGCUGCCCAUGGUUGCCUCUCUCCUUGGGAAACUUCACAUCUACCUACUUGUGGUUAUGUCCCCUCCUUAACUGAAAACUGUUAAGAGGGAACAGAGGGCUGGGAAGUUUGUGGGGAUAGUAUACCAGAGAGAAACCUACAUACUGCAUAGAAAACACUUCAGUUGACCCUAAUUAUGAAUUAUACUUGUUGAUUUAAUAAGAUUAAGCUAUUAUACACUUGACCAUGAGAUGCCCAUUGAAACAUAUAUUUCUGGCAAUUAUAUGAAUGUCUAAAGGAAGUCUUCAUGGUGCCUUCUAAAGAUAGGGCAGUCUUCAUGGCUCCCAUGACCAUGAGAGAUAUUUUCCUGUGGACAACAGUGCUCAGUCCUGGGAGCCUUGGCCUCUAUAGCCCUCUUUAUACAUAUAAGUAAUAUGCAGAUGAAUGUCUAAGGUAAACAUCAUGGCUUAUGGCUCGUAAUGGAUCAUUCAAUGAGAGUCAAAUGUGCUCAUUUUAUUUGAAGAGAGUAGCACAUUCAUGCACAAACCGUUGGCUAGGCUUUGUAUUUGUUUAUGACUAUCGACAAAGCUUUACAUUGAAAGAAAAAGGAAAAGCUAGUACUAGAUAUUGACAGUUAAUUUGGGAGAGAUAAAAUAUCUAGCUAGUGAUGUCCACCCAUACUCAUCCAUGUGUGUUUAAGAAUUUGCGGGAUAUCUCAGUCCAUGUGGAAGAGACAGUUCUCAGAUGACCUAGAGCUCAGGAAAAACCUCAUAUUGAAGCAGGGAGGCAGUCUUCCUGGAGCUCGCUAUCAAAGUCUUAGGAGAAGCUUCGUGAAUCUGAUGAGGAGCUCAUCCUAAGAACAUGAGUAAAGGGAAAGUCUGCUUGGAUGGCUUCAAGUGAACUAUGCACAUAGCUAAAGAAUGUACUGAUGUUUUAUUAAUAGGAAAAUGUUAUGAGUAGCAAGCAAUGGCUUUCUGAUGGUAGAAACAAUUCUGUAAUCCCAUUUUGAUUCUAUUAUCCAUUUCAUAAGCUAGAUGUACUAAAAAUGUAUGAGCAGAAUGUGCCCUGUGUGUAAAAACAAAACAACAAAACAAAAACCCUAGGAACACUCCAAAAUGAACUCAGAUUAAUGAAGAUGAAAUGUGCACAGCUCUCAUGCCUCUGCCUGUCUGUAUCAUUGCUAGGACAUUGUUAUCAUUGUAUUUAUACAUGUAUUUAUACAACAGCCCUAAAAUUAACUGACUAAUAAUUCAGAAAUUCUUACAAUGUUCUGAUAGAAAUAAAAAGUCAGGUCAAAGAAGUAACAAUAAGAAUUAAAAAAAAAAUCUACAAAGGGUAUUUAUUUACCUAUGAAAGGAUUGUUAAAGAGUGACUUUUCUUUCUGUAUAUGUUAUUAUGGAAUCAGGAAAUCACUGGGAAAUUAUAAUUCUCAUAUGUAAUUUAUUUGGAGGUAGAUGUGUGGCAAUGUUAAAGGCGAAGCAUCUGAGCUUCUUCAAUGUUUUCUAGGUAGGUAUUCUUGACAUUAGUGCUUUAAAAAUAUUUGUCUAGUGAUAGCACCAUAACCACUAGAUGUCGUUGUUCACCCAGUAGUCUAAGACUGUUCUAUUAGGUUCAGCAAAUGUGAAUGAUUUCAAGUGGGCAUCUUUGUCAAGGUUAGUCAUCUUUGAAAAAGCUUGCGGCAAAUCUAGUAUGGAUUUUUUAUGCUUUGUGAGUGAUGACAGCACUGUAUGAUAUCAAACUAAGGAGGUGCACAGCCACUGUUAGCCAAAGAGGCACUUUAAUGCAUCUUUUUCUUCAGGAUUUUUGACAACUGACCAAUGUGUUUCUCAUAUGAAAAAAAUAGUAUAAAUUCCACCACUAGAGAAUGCUCAAGUCAUUAAAAGGUUAUGUUGUCUAUUUCUUUCUUAACACACAUGCACACUAUUUUAUUGAUACUACCAUUAUAUGCCUUUUAAUUCUCAAAAUUGAUGAGCUGCUUACUCAAGUUUUCGUGAUUACUGCUAUUGAUAUCAAAGUUGUAAUGGUAUUGUUAACUGUCAUAGGAAAUUAUUGAUAUUAUUCUAUCUGUAAGAUCAAUAAAAUUAAUUUGAAAAUAAA